UCGACGUGUGCAGAAAUCCUCCUAGUCCGGUCCUUGUUCCUGCGUGGGUACAAGCUUCCUUCAGCUGUGCGGGCGGCCGUGCCGAGGGCCAGUGAAAGGAGCCAAUUUAUCAGAAUUCAACAGGAGUAACUGCACUCAACGGGGAAUACGCAAGAAAAAAGAAAAGAAGAAAGAAGGAAGGAAGAGUGACACAGAUAAAAGAUGAAACCCUGUCAAAAAAUUGAAGAAAAACCAGAAAAUGAGAAUGAGCCAAAGUGUGAGGAAGAGUCAAAGACUGAGGAAAAGCCAGAGGAGGAGGAACAACCUGGAGAAGAGGAAAAAACAGAAGCAACAUUUAAAGAACGGUUGAUUCACUCUCUGGAGGAAUUUAAAGAAGAUAUACACAACAGACAUUUAAGCCAUGAAGAUAAGUUUAGAGAAGUCGAUGAAAUCGAUGCGAUAAGGAGAGUAAGAAACAAACUGAUAGUGCUGCGUUGGAAGGUUCACCGAGACCAUUUCCAUCCGUAUUUAAUGUAGCUUAGUUUCAUUUCUGUGUUAUUAAUAACAUUGUCAUAUAGCUUUCUUUUUAUUGACAUUUUCCUUAUAUAUCUUUAUUCAUCUUUCUACUUUAGCCUAUUACGUUUAGUGGUUUUAGGGCAUCUUUUGUUAUCUGCAUCUCACUGUUUAUUGUAUUUGGAAUCCAUCUACCAGUCUUUAUCUUUUUAAAUUUUUUAUUAGUACAUGUUUGCGGUUCAUAAUGAUUACAUUCAUUGUGGGGAGUUGGUGCAUGAGCAUAACACAUACUAGUUAUUUUUAUAUCUCAUUUCCUGUCCUCUCCCUCUCUCCCUUCUGUAUUUUAAUAUGGGAACUUUGCUAUUUGUAAAAGAGGAAAGUUUCCUGUGAUGAUAAAAAUGAGAAAAAGAUUAGUAAGUCAUGUAUGAAUAUCAUAUUUUUGAAAGGUAAAAAUACAUUUGUAUAUAACACAUGCAUAUGAAAACUUCUGAUGACUGAAAGAUAAAAUGUACAGUCUUAAUGGUGGGAUUAUGAAUGAUUUUUCCUCUUUGUAUUUUCCUCAUUUCUAAAGUGAACACACGUUGUUAAAAAUAAUAAAUAUUUUAUAAGUAAAAAUGAGGCAACCAACAGCACUUAAUACCUAAUUUCUGAAACUACUGCAGCACACAUAACUUAAGAUUAUAAGCAAAUGUGAAAUUCAAAGUGUCACCAAACCAUUUAGUUAAAAUGAAUUUUACAUCUUUUUCAUCUGUAAAAUAAGGACCAUAAUCUCACAGAAAUACU